AUGGCAAUCCAAGCCCUUCUUUGCGACAAUCAUGAUUCUGAUGAGUCCACCGAAGCCAUUCAAAAGGUUCUUGCUGCGAUUAGUGAAAAACAACGAAGCUUGAAUAAUCAAUUGCGAACCAAGAUUUCUAGAUUGGUCUUGGCAAUCUUGAGAGUCCGACCAUUCCAACAGCGAAUGGAAAAGAUUUUUGAAUACAAGUAUGAGAACCCGAACAACACAAUGGAUGAUAUGGAGGCCCAGCCAUUGGACGACAAGAAAUCAUCGGGCACGAGUAGGAGCGAAGAAAACGAGGAAGAAGAUCCAAAUGGAGCUGAAGAGGCUGCUGUCGAAAUAAGCAAAUCGAUAAUCGGGACAAUAUUUGGGUUUUGA